UGCACUGUAGGCUACAUUCACUGUUCUACAGGGUUUGGAGACACUAAGAGAAAGAAAGAAUGGUCCCUUACAGUAAAUCCAAUUCAUUGUGUGGAACAGCACCCGGAUGUUGCAACAUGUUCGUUGGCACUAUCAGGGAUUUCGCACGGAAAACAGUAAUUUGUAUUUAAAAGUCCGGCUUCUGUCUGAAUUAACACUUUUCGAUAUUUUCGAUCAUGCGCUGGAUUUGAAACGGAUUUUCAAUGUGGAUACGAGGAUGCAAGUGCCAGAACAACAGCCCCAAGGGCCGCAGUAUGCCAGCAGCACCAGAGCCCCUACUUCUGGUGACUCGCCGGCGCUUUGGUCCGAAAGCCCCACCCACUCACCACCAGAGCCCCUCCCACCCCAACCAGGUGGCUUAUCCUGGCAGGCCGCAAUCCAUGCUGCCCGUCAAGCCCACCAGGGUGACGCCCCCUCAAAUAUGAGCUCUCAGCCCUCCGUACCAGCCGGGGGCUCUACUGUGGGCUCGCUGUCCCAGAGGAAGAGGCAACAAUACGCCAAGAGCAAGAAGCAGGGCGGCUCCACCAACAGCCGGCCCCCCAGGGCCCUGUUCUGCCUCACCCUCAACAACCCCAUCCGCAGGGCCUGCAUCAGCCUGGUGGAGUGGAAACCGUUUGAUAUUUUUAUAUUGCUGUCUAUCUUUGCCAACUGUGUGGCCUUAGCCAUCUAUAUCCCCUUCCCUGCGGACGACUCCAACUCCACGAACCACGACCUGGAAACGGUAGAAUAUGCCUUCCUGAUCAUCUUCACGAUUGAGACCUUCCUGAAGAUCAUAGCCUAUGGCCUGGUCAUGCACCAGAACUCCUACGUACGGAACGGCUGGAACAUGCUCGACUUUGUCAUCGUCAUCGUAGGGUUGUUCAGCGUGGUUCUGGAGGUGAUAACCAAAGAGAAUGACCCGGGAGGCCAGUCUGGGGGAAAGCCAGGGGGGUUUGACGUUAAGGCUCUCAGAGCCUUCCGUGUGCUCCGCCCCCUUCGCCUUGUCUCAGGAGUGCCCAGUUUACAGGUGGUGUUGAACUCCAUCAUCAAGGCCAUGGUCCCACUGCUCCACAUCGCUCUGCUCGUCCUCUUCGUCAUCAUCAUCUACGCCAUCAUCGGCCUGGAGCUCUUUAUCGGCAAGAUGCACGCCACCUGCUACUUGGUGGGCUCAGGGACCUUGGCAGACGAGGAGCCUACUCCGUGUGCAGUGUCGGGUCAUGGGCGUCAGUGCCUGGGGAACGCCACAUUGUGCCGGGACGGCUGGCACGGCCCCAAUGGCGGCAUCACCAACUUUGACAACUUCCUGUUCGCCAUGCUGACGGUGUUCCAGUGUAUCACCAUGGAGGGCUGGACGGAUGUGCUCUACUGGAUGAAUGAUGCUAUGGGGUUUGAGCUUCCCUGGGUCUACUUUGUCAGUCUGGUCAUCUUUGGGUCAUUCUUUGUUCUCAACCUAGUUCUGGGAGUUUUGAGUGGAGAGUUCUCCAAGGAGCGAGAGAAGGCCAAGGCUCGCGGAGACUUCCAGAAGCUGCGAGAGAAGCAGCAGCUGGAGGAGGACCUGAAGGGCUACCUGGAUUGGAUCACCCAGGCCGAGGACAUUGACCCUGAGAACGAUGAGGAGGGUGACGAGGAGGGCAAACGCAACACGAGCAUGCCCGCCAGCGAGACGGAGUCGGUGAACACGGACAACCCCAACGGAGAGGAGGACAAGGCCCCCUGCUGCGGACCCUUCUGUCAAAAGAUUACUAAGUCUAAGUUCAGUCGGCAGUGGCGUCGCUGGAACAGGUUCUGCCGCAGGAAGUGUCGUGCGGCGGUGAAGUCGGUGACGUUCUAUUGGCUGGUAAUCAUCCUGGUGUUUCUGAACACGCUCACCAUCUCCUCCGAGCACUACAACCAACCUGAUUGGCUGACCGAGGUUCAGGACGUGGCCAACAAGGUGCUGCUGGCCCUGUUCACCUGCGAGAUGCUGGUGAAGAUGUACAGCCUGGGUCUGCAGGCCUACUUCGUGUCCCUGUUCAACCGCUUCGACUGCUUCGUGGUGUGCGGAGGCAUCGUGGAGACCAUCCUGGUGGAGCUGGAGGUCAUGUCUCCGCUCGGCAUCUCCGUGUUCCGCUGCGUGCGCCUGCUGCGCAUCUUCAAGGUCACGCGCCAUUGGGCAUCUCUCAGUAACCUGGUGGCCUCGCUGCUCAACUCCAUGAAGUCCAUCGCCUCCCUGCUGCUGCUCCUCUUCCUCUUCAUCAUCAUCUUCUCCCUGCUGGGCAUGCAGCUGUUCGGAGGCAAGUUCAACUUUGACGAGACGGUCACCAAGAGGAGCACCUUCGAUAACUUCCCCCAGGCCCUGCUCACUGUGUUCCAGAUCCUGACAGGAGAAGACUGGAACGCCGUGAUGUAUGACGGCAUCAUGGCGUACGGAGGCCCCGCCUCCUCAGGCAUGGUGGUUUGCAUCUACUUCAUCAUCCUCUUCAUCUGCGGAAACUACAUCUUGCUAAAUGUCUUCUUGGCUAUCGCCGUGGACAACCUGGCAGAUGCCGAGAGCCUGAACACAGCUCAGAAGGAGGAAGAGGAGGAGAAGGAGAGGAAGAAGAGCGCCAGGAGCGGGAGCGUAGACAGAAGAGAAGAGGGGUGUCCGGACGGAGACGCCAAGGUCCCUCUGCAUGAGGAUCAGGAGGAGGACAAGGAGCCUUACCCUUCCGUGGACGCUCCAGGUGAGGACGAAGAGGAGAAGCUUCCGGAGGUUCCGUCGGUGCCACGGCCCCAGCGGUUGUCUGACCUCAGCAUCAAGGAAAAGACUCCUCCUAUUCCAGAGGGCAGCGCCUUCUUUGUAUUCAGCAGCACCAACCCGAUUCGUGUGUUCUGCCACAAGCUCACCAACCACCACAUCUUCACCAACCUCAUCCUGGUGUUCAUCAUGCUCAGCUCCGUCUCCCUGGCCGCUGAAGACCCCAUACGCAACUUCUCGGCGCGCAACAUCAUCCUAGGCUAUGCUGACUACGGUUUCACUAGUUUGUUUACAUUUGAGAUCCUCUUGAAGAUGACGGCCUUUGGGGCGUUCCUCCAUAAAGGGGCGUUCUGCAGGAACUAUUUCAACCUGCUGGACCUUCUGGUGGUGGGCGUCUCUCUGGUCUCCUUCGGCAUAGAGUCGUCGGCCAUCUCUGUGGUGAAGAUUCUCCGCGUGCUCCGAGUUCUGCGUCCCCUCAGGGCUAUCAACAGAGCCAAGGGCCUCAAGCAUGUGGUCCAGUGUGUGUUUGUGGCUAUCCGGACCAUUGGCAACAUCAUGAUCGUCACCACGCUGCUGCAGUUCAUGUUUGCCUGCAUCGGAGUACAGCUUUUCAAGGGAAAGUUCUUUCGCUGCAACGACGAAGCCAAGUCCAGUCCGGAGGAAUGCCAAGGGUUCUAUAUCCUGUAUAACAACGGAGACACUGCCCUGCCGUUAGUGGAAAAGAGGAAGUGGAGCAACAGUGAAUACAACUUUGACAACGUCCUCGUGGCCAUGAUGGCUCUGUUUACCGUGUCCACCUUCGAAGGCUGGCCUGCCCUUCUGUACAAGGCCAUAGACUCCAACCGAGAGAACAUGGGCCCCAUCUACAACUACCGGGUGGAGAUCUCCAUCUUCUUCAUAAUCUACAUCAUCAUCAUCGCCUUCUUCAUGAUGAACAUCUUUGUGGGUUUCGUCAUCGUCACCUUCCAGGAGCAGGGAGAGAAGGAGUACAAGAACUGUGAGCUGGACAAGAACCAGCGCCAGUGUGUGGAGUACGCUCUGAAGGCCCGCCCUCUCAGACGGUACAUCCCCAAGAACCGCUACCAGUACAAGUUCUGGUACGUGGUCAACUCCACGGGCUUUGAGUACGUCAUGUUCAUCCUCAUCAUCCUCAACACGCUCUGCCUGGCCAUACAGCACUAUGGCCAGUCCCAGCUGUUCAACUAUGCCAUGGACAUCCUCAACAUGGUCUUCACUGGAGUCUUCACUGUCGAGAUGAUCCUCAAACUCAUCGCCUUCAAACCGAGGGGGUAUGUCGGGGACGCCUGGAACGUGUUUGACGCCCUGGUGGUCAUAGGCAGCGUCGUCGACAUCAUACUCAGUCAGGUAGAUUCGCCACUCAUGGGCCCGGUCGUCAAGGUGAUAGUGGAGCCUGGGAACACGGAAGACAGUGCUCGUAUCUCAAUCACCUUCUUCCGGCUGUUCCGAGUCAUGCGAUUGGUCAAGCUGCUCAGCAGGGGGGAGGGUAUCAGAACACUGCUGUGGACCUUCAUCAAAUCCUUCCAGGCUCUUCCCUACGUAGCUCUGCUGAUUGCCAUGUUGUUCUUCAUCUAUGCUGUCAUUGGGAUGCAGGUGUUUGGAAAGAUUGCCCUGGUGGAUGGAACACAGAUCAAUCGUAACAACAACUUCCAGACCUUUCCUCAAGCCGUCCUCAUGCUCUUUAGGUGUGCGACGGGCGAGGCAUGGCAGGAGAUCAUGCUGGCGUGUCUGCCAGGGAAGCUGUGCGACCCCGAGUCAGACUACAACCCUGGGGAGGAGAAGACCUGCGGAAGCGGCUUUGCCAUCAUCUACUUCAUCAGCUUCUACAUGCUCUGCGCCUUCCUGAUCAUCAACCUGUUUGUUGCUGUCAUCAUGGACAACUUUGACUACCUGACACGGGAUUGGUCUAUUCUCGGGCCCCAUCACUUGGAUGAGUUUAAAAGGAUCUGGUCAGAGUACGACCCGGAGGCCAAGGGCAGGAUCAAACACCUAGACGUGGUGACUCUGCUGAGGAGAAUCCAGCCUCCUCUGGGCUUCGGCAAGCUCUGUCCUCACAGGGUGGCCUGUAAGAGACUGGUUGCUAUGAACAUGCCAUUGAACAGCGACGGGACGGUCAUGUUCAACGCCACGCUCUUUGCCCUCGUACGCACCGCCUUGAAGAUAAAGACAGAAGGCAACCUGGACCAGGCGAACGAGGAACUGAGGGCCGUGAUCAAGAAGAUCUGGAAGAGGACCAGCAUGAAGCUGCUCGAUCAAGUGGUGCCCCCAGCAGGCGAUGACGAGGUGACUGUGGGGAAGUUCUAUGCCACCUUCCUGAUACAGGACUACUUCAGGAAGUUCAGGAAACGCAAGGAGCAAGGCCUAGUGGGCCGGCACUCGUGGGAAGGGCUCAACUCCACCAUCGCCUUGCAGGCCGGUCUCCGCACACUGCAUGACAUAGGCCCAGAGAUCCGCCGCGUCAUAUCAUGUGACCUCCAGGAGGAGGGGCUAGUAGACGUAAACGCAGAGGAGGACGAGGAGAUUUAUAGGCGAAAUGGCGGCCUGUUCGGGAACCACAUCAACCAUGUCAAUGGCGACCAGCGCAGUACUGUCCUCCUGACCAACGUCACCCAGCGACCCCUCCAGGUCCUGCCCCCAUCCAUCCACGCCUCGGUGGAGCCCCACCAGCCCAGGGCCGACGGCACCUCAACCCCCCGACCCCACAACCCCCGCCGGCCCCCCAACCCCCUCAACUACCACCCCAACUCCGCCCACCACAGAUCCUCCAACACCAACCUCAACAAUGCCAACGUGCCCACCCUACCCUCCCUGGCCCCUGGGAGACAGCCCACCCUACCCUCCCUGGCCCCUGGGAGACAGCGCUCCCUGCAGCGCCAGCGCCAACACUCCUCCUCUAACGGGGCCCUGCCCUCCUCGGGGUUGAGCCAAGGCCACGCUGAACGCGACACGGCUUGGAGGUCACACUCCACCAGGACUCGCUACUAUGAGACCUACAUUAGGUCCGAGCCAGGGGGCGGUCUCUUCCCCACCAUUGGCAGAGAGGACCCGGGGGGCGGGGACAGCGAUGAUGACAGGGGGUCUGGGGAGUACUUCAGUGGAGAGGAGUUUCAAGAGGAUGACAUCAUGCUGGCCAGAGACAGGCUGUCUGAGUACCCAGACCUUCAGGGAGACUUCGUUCUGGAAGCUUCCACGGGUUACCAUCAAUCUGAUUGUUUCUAUGACGACGAUCAGCAGCCCAUCUACCAGGAUGGCAGACGGUCACCUAAACGACGGUUGCUACCCUCCACACCUCAGGGUUCCCACAGGCCCACUUUCACGUUUGAGUGUCUGCGCAGACAGAGCAGUCAGGAGGAGAUGCCCCUGUCCCCCUCUGGCCCCCACCGCACAGCCUUGCCCCUGCACCUCAUGCAGCAGCAGGUGAUGGCUGUGGCAGGGCUGGACACCAGUAGGAUCCAGCAUCUGUCUCCGACGCGCUCACUGCGCUCCUGGGCCACGCCCCCGGCCUCGCCCAUCAGCCGAGACCGAUCUACCAGCUACACACCCCUCAUCCAGGUGGACUGGCGGGGGCAGGACAGUGUGAGCAGCUCUCCUGGGACGGCCCGCAGGAGCUCCUGGUACAGCGACGCCCCCGAGGUGCCCUCGCGGCGCGCCUACUCCCCCUCCCUGCUGCAGAUCCCCCCUGAGUACCGCCAGCAGCACCAGCAGAAGAGGGGCAGUGCCAACAGCCUGGUGGAGGCCGUGCUGAUCUCAGAGGGCCUGGGAAAAUAUGCCAAAGACCCCAAGUUUGUGGCGGCGACAAAGCACGAGAUAGCGGACGCCUGCGAGCUGACCAUCGACGAGAUGGAGAGCGCCGCGAGCAACCUGCUGAACGGCAGUCUGGGUACCAGAGCGGGGUUGGAGGUCAGAGACGCGUUGGCAGCCGUCAGGGUCCGUGGUCUCCAUGACUACAGUGAUGAGGACGCUGACUCGGGGGGGAAGGGGGAGGAGGACCUGACUGACGAGAUGAUAUGCAUCACCAGCCUAUAGCAGUGACUCUCACACACACAGCACACUUUCACACUUACACACACUCCCACAAGUGAUCAGAAGUGCCUUUUGCAUUUUUUCUUCCCGUGAGCGAAGAGUUGCAACACGGCCAGCUCGAGGGCAGUGGAGUGAUAGAGCAAAGGAAGCGAUAGAGAAACUGCAGGAUGAAGUGACGCCUGAAAGCUCCGCCCACACGGGACUCCGGUUCGCCACGCUUGGACGGGUGCUUCUGGAGAAUUCUCGCUCUGGGCUGUAUCUUUGGCGUCGAUCGUUUCAGUGGUUCCAGAGGGGAAAUCACAUAUCAGUGAAACAACGAUGUCUCUGACCCCUCCUCGGACAUAUCCCCCGGGCAGCCCUGCCCUCCCCACACUCCGUCCCUUCCUCCCCCUACAGCCUCCUUCUGCCCCCUCCCCCCCCUCCCAUCUCUGAAUCCUGACCCUCCACCCUCCCUCCCCACCGCUCCCUGCCCUUGCCCCGGCCUCCUGUCUGCCUUGCCCUGCCAGUCUGUCAAAUCAGGUGGACACUGACAAGCUGUUGUAUUCAAACCACAACGUGAAACUGUGAAUCGAAACCUCGGAAGUCAACUCUGUCCAGACUCAGUCUACUGAACGGAGACACAGGCACACAUCGAACAUACACCGUCUCUCUCUACAGGGAAUAACACACACUGCCAGGUUGCUUUUGACGAAAAUCUCCUUAUGAUGUAGAUAUAUUUAGAAGAAUUUCCGAUUUUAUUCGAAAGAGAUUACCUAUAUUUUGUAAUUUAUUUAUUUAUAGGACCUUUUACCCCAGUGGUGUGGGUUAGAUCAUUUAUUUAUAUUGAACAACAAUGAUAUUCUACUUUGUUAUGUUCUGCCUUCCCUUGUUCUGCGUGAGAACCAGAGUAGUUCUUCUGAUCAUAGAUCAGAUCCCAGUCAUUCUGGUUUCUAGAAUGCACAAGAGCUGCUUUUUUUACUUGGUGUGAUGCCAUCUCUACUGCACACAGGGACACUCCUUAGGACAGGACUAGCUCGUUUGCACAUUUUUGUCACCAAUACGAAUGAUUGACAAUAGACCAACAUAGCACAGCACACUGCCAACACACAACCUGCAGGUUUUAUACAAACAUUACUGAUCUUGUGGACCACUGAAGGACAUUCUAACUGUGAUUCUAAUUGUGCGUUGUAAACUGAACUCUGAAUAAUGUCGUGGCGACCACAUUGUCCACUGUCAAUGUGCAAUGAAAGGGCUUCUUCAACAUCAGACCAAAAGGUCCUUUUAUGCUUCUUCACAUACGGGUGUGUCUAAAAGUGCUGUGUAGGUUCAUAUGCAUUUUCUAACCUGCUGUGUGAACUUGAGAGAUACAACACGUCAAAUAACUAUAGAAGGGCACUUGAUUUGGCUUUUCUCGCAUGCAGAGUUCCUCGCAUGCAUAUUAUCUGCUUUUGGGGCUUUCUGUUUGUCCAUUUGGGUGAGGCAAAUCAAGCACACUAAAUGUCCAAGUUAGAGUUUGUUGCCUAACACCUGACUACUUGACCAAUGAAAACACAGUUCACACCUCUCCUUUAGGGUCCCCUCAAUUAACCUCAGGGGUUCUAGAACAGACUUGAAGGACCUAGAUUACACCCUUAUCAGAGACUAAACUGCCUUUAGGGCCAGUUUCUCAGACAUGUUCAACCUGACUAAAAUGACCUUUCAGUGGGAUAUCUCCGUGGACAUGACUCAAGUCCCUAGAGCAGGCCUAGUGUCUGUGAACGUGGUAUCGAUGCUGUUCUCGGUCUAGGAUGUGUGCUUAUAUGUUUCCAGGAAAUGAAACCACACAUCAUAUUUUGUCAGAAAGACAAAUGGAGAUAAAGAUCCUUCUAAUGAUCGAGAGACUCACACUAACACCUUGGUUCAGAGUUGAGCUGAAUAAUAGAGACUUAAAGCAAGUAAAGCAACGUGCAAUUAUUGAUAUAUUAUUACUAUUGACGUGUACCGAUGUUUGGAUAUUGCUGACACCAUGUAAAUCUGUACAGUUUCUGAAUUAAUGUGUAAAGUGAUUUACUGUACUCGAAGACCUCCUGCUCUCUAAACUGCCCAUGCUUUCACAGACUACUAAAGACUGAUACCAAUUUUGUAGCAGGUAUAGUACCUCUUAGAUUUUGUACCAAAAGAUUAUUACCUGUUUUUUUGUACAUUUUUGCUUUUAAUCUCUUGAAUAAUUGCCUGGAAAUACCAUGAACUGCUGAACAUUGUUUUGUAAUGACCAUUACUGAAUAAACUCUUCCCCUGAGUGUUCAGUCCUAGCAUGCAGUCGGGCGUAGCCUCUUGAUAUGUUAAUUACAUCUCAGGGACAUUUAUACUUGACACACAUCGAAACACCCAAACUCAAUCCGUUUAUUGCCUCUCUCCGUGACACUGCAUACUGCAGAAACGGCAUUGGCUUUUCUCCCAGACAAAUAUAAACAUUUGCAAAAAAGUAAAGAUUACAUUGAUUUUAGGUCUGAGAUAUUAAGGCUAGUUUAUGAGAGAUGCAAAUAAUUUAUUUUAGAUUAAGUUUAGAAUAGGGUUAAGAUAUUGAGACAAAUCUAGGACUGAGAAAACAA